AGGUGCGCUGCGGAAAAAGCGAAUAGUUGAGUGAAGAGCAUUCAGUAGUGGGAGAGGAGACCGCCGCAGUGUGUGCGCUAUCGGGAGCUGAUAUCACUGGAGAGAGAGAGAGAGAGAGAGUGAGAGAGAGCGAGUGGAGAGAAUAAGUCAUGUAACUGUGGCAGUUAGAAAAUAAGCUGAUGACAAAAUGCAUGGUACGGAUAAUAAUACAAAAAAAUAAGUUAAUAUAGGCCUAUGGUUUCAGUCUCAUCAUCACUUACGGACCGCUCCGCAUCAUUGGAAUGUGCGAUGCUGCUAUAACCGGACCCAUCAGAGCUUGUUGAUUUGCCAGUGAAGACAGUCUUUUGGGGUAUUCAAAUUGACCAUCACAAACAAGAUGGUCCACGGUGGACAGGACUACUAAAAUAUUUUUUUGUUCAAACAAUUUACACAUUUUUGGGACUUUCGUUGGACUAAGGGUAAUGGGAAUUGACGCGUUAAAUAAAAAAGGAUAAGAUUUUUUUUUCCAAGUGCACUUGCUCUUUGGCGAUGAUUGUGCUAUUCCUUCUGCUGUGUAUCACGGAUGGAGUGGUCUCGCAAAUACGCUACUCUGUUCCGGAGGAGGCGGAUCACGGUACGUUCGUGGGGAAUAUCGCGGAGGACCUUGGACUGGACAUGACCAAAAUCGCUUCGCGCCGCUUCCAGGUUGUCCCCAGCUCGAGGACGCCGUACUUGGAAGUGAACAUGGAGAACGGGAUUUUGUUCGUAAACGAAAAAAUCGACCGGGAGCAGAUCUGCAAACAGAGUGCCAGCUGCCUAUUGCACCUCGAGGUGUUUCUGGAGAACCCACUCGAGCUGUUCCGCGUGGAGAUAGAGGUCGUGGAUAUCAAUGACAAUCCGCCCAGCUUCCCGGAGACCGACAUCACGGUGGAGAUCUCGGAGAGUGCCACCCCUGGCACCCGGUUCCCCCUGGAGAGCGCAUUCGAUCCGGACGUGGGUUCUAACGCGCUGCGCACAUAUGACAUCACCACCAAUAACUACUUCUACCUGGACGUGCAGACGCAGACAGACGGGAACAAAUUCGCCGAGCUGGUGCUAGAAAAGCCGUUAGACAGGGAGCAGCAGGCGACCCACAAGUACGUGCUGACAGCGGUUGACGGGGGUCAACCUCCCCGGACAGGCACCGCUCUUCUGGUGGUGAAAGUGCUGGAUUCUAAUGACAACGUGCCCGUGUUUGACCAACCGGUGUACUCGGUGAGCCUCCAGGAGAACGCGCCGGUCGGGACCUUAGUUAUACAGCUGAAUGCCACAGACCUGGAUGAGGGACAGAACGGGGAGAUAGUGUAUUCAUUCAGCAACCACAUCUCCAGCCGCGUCAAGGACCUGUUUGCCAUUGACGCGCGCACUGGACGCAUUGAGGUGCGUGGAGAAGUGGAUUUUGAGGAGAGUGGCUUGUAUCAAAUAUUCGUUCAGGCGAAAGACUUGGGACCCAAUGCCGUUGCCGCGCACUGUAAAGUCCUAGUUAAAGUGACGGAUGUAAAUGACAAUGCCCCCGAUAUCUCCUUCAGCACCGUGACAGAGUCUGUGAGCGAGAGGGCAGCCCCGGGCACCGUUAUAGCCUUGUUGAGCGUGACGGACAAGGACGCUGAGGAAAACGGAAAGAUUCACGUUGAAAUCCUCGGUGACGUUCCGUUCAAACUAAAACCUUCCUUUAGGAACUAUUUCACCAUUGUAACGGACGGGCCUCUAAACAGAGAGGACGCAGACUCUUAUUCGGUGACUGUAGUUGCCAGGGAUACAGGGACUCCUUCCCUUGCCACCAGUAAAUCAAUCAAAGUGCAAGUGUCGGAUGAGAACGACAAUGCGCCAACGUUUACGCAGCCCAUAUACGAUGUGUAUGUGACUGAAAACAAUGUGCCCGGUGCUUAUAUACACGCGGUUACCGCUCUGGACCCAGACGUAGGUCAGAACGCACUCAUUAGUUACUCCAUAAUGGAGUGUGAUAUUCAGGGGAUGUCUGUGAAAACAUAUGUGUCAAUCAACGAGGAGACGGGCUACCUUUACGCACUCAGGUCAUUCGAUUAUGAGCAGCUAAAAGACUUCACUUUCAUGGUUCAGGCGAAGGAUGCUGGCAGCCCCGAGCUCUCUUCGAACGCCACGGUCAAAGUGAUCAUCGUGGACCAGAACGACAACCCUCCCUCCGUCAUCGCUCCCCUGGGUAAAAAUGGCACGGCGAGAGAGCCUCUGCCCCGCUCCGCUGAGCCUGGCUACUUGGUGACCCGCAUCGUUGCCAUGGACGCAGAUGAUGGCGAGAACGCGCGGCUCUCCUACAGUAUCCAGAGGGGGAACGAGAACGGCAUGUUCCGCAUGGACUGGAGGACAGGAGAACUGCGCACUGCCCGACGCGUCUCCACCAAGCGGGACCCGCACCAGAUGUAUGACCUGUUGAUAGAGGUGAGGGAUCACGGCCAGCCGCCGCUCUCCUCCACCGCCAGUGUGUUCGUGGUGCUUGUGGACAGCGUGGUGGAGGACCACCGGGAGAGAGGCACCAUCAAGUCCAAGGAGACCACACUGGAUCUCACCCUCAUUCUCAUCAUCGCCCUGGGGUCCGUCUCCUUCAUCUUCCUCCUGGCUAUGAUCGUGCUGGCUGUGCGCUGCCAGAAGGACAAAAAGCUCAACAUCUACACGUGCCUCACCAGUGAAUGCUGCCUGGGUUGUGCCACAUGCUGCAGCAGACAGGCGCGAGCCCGCAAGAAAAAGCUCAGCAAGUCCGAUAUCAUGCUGGUGCAGAGCGCCAACGUCACCGGGGCCGGUACAGCCCAAGUGCCCGUUGAAGAGUCCGGGAGCUUCGGCUCUCACCAUCAAAACCAGAACUAUUGUUACCAGGUAUGUCUGACCCCGGAGUCGGCCAAAACCGACCUCAUGUUCCUAAAGCCGUGUAGCCCAUCUAGGAGCACAGACACGGAACACAACCCGUGCGGGGCCAUAGUGACAGGGUACACUGACCAGCAGCCUGACAUCCUAUCAAACGGCAGCAUUUUAUCAAGCGAGACCAAACAUCAGAGAGCCGAGCUCAGUUACCUAGUGGACAGGCCACGGCGUGUGAACAGCUCUGCUUUCCAAGAAGCGGAUCUCGUGAGCUCUAAGGAUAGUGGUCAUGGAGACAGCGAGCAGGGCGACAGUGACCAUGACGCCACCAAUCGAGGUCACUCUACUGGCGCGGAUCUCUUCUCCAACUGCACGGAGGAGUGCAAGGCCCUGGGCCACUCCGACCGCUGCUGGAUGCCCUCCUUCGUGCCCUCCGACGGGCGCCAGGCGGCGGACUACCGCAGCAACCUGCACGUGCCAGGCAUGGACUCUGUGCCCGACACCGAGGUAUUUAAAAGCCAAGAGCAAACGGCCGAUAAGUCAUUCUCCACCUUUGGCAAAGAGACGCCCCUCAGCCAUCAACACCACCACCACCAUGCCAACCACCAUGCCAACCACCACGCCAACCACUCCACCCUAGAGAGGAAAGAGUUUGAGGCACUUCUGUGUAGCACGCGAGCGCCUUACAAACCUGCUUAUUUGACGAGGAAAAGGGUUUGCUAGCUCUUUUCGCGUGGACAUACCAGAGACCGCAUGACUUUGCACAAUCAGUCAAAACUAAAAAGAGCAUCAAGUUCAAGACUCCAUUUCCUUAGCUGUACCACUUCAGAACUGACACUCUCCCCUGUGUAACACGGACCUCUGUAGACAACGUUCCCUUCAGAAUUCUAUUGGAACACUGCCGGCCUUUGGACCUUCUGACCAUGGGAUUCUGGAGGGGUUGGAAGUGGUGGGGGACGAACGGAGAGUCACGGAUAGAAGACGGAAAGGCAGACCGCUCCACGCUGGGGGACCCCACCGCUCUCAGCAGGACUGAGACAAAAAGCUGACAGAACUGAGGUGGAGGGGAACGUGGGAGCGGCAGCAGGACGAGGAGAAAGACAAUCUCUUCUUGGGUCUGUGUGUGUGUCUGUUUACAGCACUAAUGUACAUCUUUAAGAGGAAAAAAAGUAAAAAAUAAAAUAAAGAACAAAAAAGAGACGACAACGAGAAACCAACAGGAAGAGGAACAACGUCACUGAGCCCUUUAGAUGUUUAUAAUCACAGCAGAAGCCAGUUGUACAGGAGAUCUUUGUGCAUUACAAAUGCAAUACCACUGUUUUAGACUUGACUGUUUUUCUAUUCAGUUUGUGAGGUCAGGUGUCUUCUCAGAUCUACAGUACUUCAACUUUAGAAGGAAAGAUUGUGGGCAGGAUAAAUAUUUUUUAAGUUCUGCUUUUUCUUUUUUUUCACCACACAGUGGGUCUGGACAGUGUUGGCCUACACCUUUGAAUCUAAGCUGUUCAGUAGUUUAUAUCAUGUGUGAGAAGUGUUUACUGUACUCUUUUAAAAAGCUUCAAAAUGAAUAUAAAUCUAUAUAUACAUCUAUCUAUAUAUACUUUUUCUGAAGGUGUGCUAUCCAUUUGGUGGGUUUCCUAUUCUGAGUAGACAGAGGUCCAUUCGCUGCUUAAAGUGCUCUAGAAGACUUUUGACGAUCUUACAAGUCUGGGACGUUCUUGCCAUGAAAACAGAACAGCCUUAUCUCUCUCAUGUGAAAGUUUUCAUCCGUUUUGUUUAUUUCAUUUUUCACUUUUCGAUAUUGAAAGCUGAAAUUCAUGUCUAUAAAUAAAAAGGCGGUAAUAAUUUAGAUUGAAUUCCAUGGUAAUUCUGUGUUAUUGUAACCAAAAAAAGGGUCAAUUAAAAGAACAAAAACGAAAAGUGGCCAAAUAAUGAAAGUUGUUGUACACAUGCAGUGCAGAAUCAAAUACACAUACACACUCUCGCACUCAGAAACACACCGCAAUGCCGACAAUAAACCGAAAAUUCUGAAAUAUA